AUGCAGGAUGAGAUGAAAUCUUUGCAUGAUAAUCACACUUAUGACUUGGUGAAGUUGUCUAAGGGUAAGAGAGCCUUAGAGAAUAGGUGGAUUUUCAGGGUGAAGCAAGAGAGCAAUUCUACAUCUACCAGAUACAAAGCCAGGGGAGCCUUGGCUUGGCAAUCAAAGUUGCAAAAGUGUGUAGCGUUGUCUACUAUUAAGGCUAAAUUCAUUGCACUUACUGAAGCAUGUAAGGAGUUGUUAUGGGUGAAGAAAUUCAUGGAGGAGCUUGGUUUUGUGCAAGGUAAAUACUUGUUGUAUUGUGACAGUCAAAAUGUGAUUCAUCUUGGUAAGAAUCCAACUUUUCAUUCUAAAUCCAAACAUAUUGAUGUGAGAUAUGCACGAGCUCGAAUUUUUUUGCCAUCCCUAGAUGCUAAGUUGUUGGAAUUGGCUAAAGUUCAUACAGAUGAUAAGGGUGCUGAUAUGAUGACCAAGGCAUUGCCAAGAGGAAAGUUUGAAGUUCGUCGUGAGAUCGCAGGUCUGGUGAACGGGGCUCAGACGAGUACGUCCCUCCAUGAUCAGGUGAAGCCUGAUAGGUGGUCAGUGGCAAAUAGCCAGAUGAAUCAUGAGAGGAACCCUAAAAUCAGUGCUAAAUUUGUUGCACCUUGUUAUUAUAUGAACAAGAUUGAGAUUGAUACCAAACUCGCUGUAGUUGGUAACCAGAAAUGGGUUGUAUGGAUAUGUUCCUUCAAUGUCCCCAUGGCACCUGGUAAGACUCGCUCCAUAGUUUGCAGUGCUCGAAACUUCUUCCAGUUCACAGUGCCAGGGCCUGCCUGGUGGCAAGUAGUUCCUAGAUGGUAUGAGCAUUGGACUUCGAACAAGGUAUAUGAUGGGGACAUGAUAGUCCUUCAAGGGCAAGAGAAAAUCUUCCUUUCACAAACGAAGGAAGGAGGCGACAUUAACAAACAGUACACCAGCAUCACCUUCACACCAACACAGGCAGAUCGCUUUGUCUUGGCAUUUCGAGAAUGGCUGAGGCGACAAGGCAAUGGCCAACCAGAAUGGUUUGCCAACAUCAGCAACCUGCCAUUGCCAUCAACAGUUUUAUCCAAACGUGAGAUGUUGGAUAGAUUUGAACAGCAUACUCUGAAGUGUUCAUCAUGUAAAGGAGCUUAUGAGGGAUUCCAAAUAUGGCAGAAAGUCCUAAUUGGUGCAACGGUUAUGUUUUGUGCAACAUCAGGGAUUCCAGCAGAUGUCCAUUUUCGUGUUCUUUUGGCAGGACUUGCAAUUGUCAGCGCUGCCUUAGCUUUUACCCUAAACCAGCUCCAAAAGAAUUUUGAAUUUGUCGAUUACGUGCAUGCAGAAAUCGAAUAAACACUGAUGUCCACGUUAAUUGUAAAUAGAGCUGAAGAAAGAUUACAUG